UGGGCUUUCCUUAAAGAAAUCAACACGGUGAAAACAAGCAAAAAAGUUAUUCGUGAUUUCUUGUUUUAUGGUUAGAUCCAUAGACUCCUGCGCCUAAAUCUCCCCAGUUCUGUGAUCCACCGGGCUGAAUCUGACACGAGACCACAUGGGGCGUCAACUGACGAGACGGCGCUCUCUGAGCAGGGUUUACGAGGGUUGAAGAAUAGGGAGCAAGUUGCCAGCAGAGUAGGCUACACUACCCGAGUUCUGCGAAUACAUUCGCUGCUGAUGCCAGUCUGGGACUCUAAAGAUUUACAAGAGGGAUUAAACAUGUCCAAAACGCUUAAGAAGAAGAAGCACUGGUCCGGUAAAGUCCAGGAGUGCGCGCUAUCAUGGGGGAAUGCCGAGGAGUUCGGCUCGGUUGUGGACGUACAAGGGGGAGCAGAGCUGGGAGAAUUCCCAUACCUGGGACAUGUGAUUACGGAGGCAAUGGUCUGUCACGUCGGGAGGUUACCGAACAUCGGGGACGUGCUUCUGGAAGUGAACGGCACCCCUGUCAGCGGCCUGACCAACCGAGACACCCUCGCUGUCAUCCGCCACUUUCGGGAGCCCAUCCGUAUCAAGACCGUCAAACCAGGCAAGGUGCUGAAUACAGACCUGCGUCACUACCUCAGCCUGCAGUUCCAGAAAGGUUCGCUGGACCACAAGCUCCAGCAGGUGAUCAGGGACAACCUGUACCUGCGCACCAUUCCCUGUACCACACGGCAGCCCAGAGAGGGGGAGGUUCCUGGGGUUGACUAUAACUUCAUCAGUGUGGGGGAGUUCCGCGUGCUGGAGGAGAGUGGCCUGCUGCUUGAGAGUGGAACCUAUGACGGCAACUACUACGGGACGCCCAAGCCCCCAGCGGAGCCCAGCCCGGUGCACCCUGACCUGGUGGAUCAGGUGCUGUUUGAUGAGGAGUUUGACACCGAGGUCCAGAGGAAGCGCACCACCUCCGUCAGCAAGAUGGACAGGAAGGACAGCGCAGCCCCCGAGGAGGAGGACGAGGAGGAGAGAGAGCGGUCUCCAAUGGUCAACGGGCUCACAGAGCACAAGGACAAGGCUGGGCAGGAGUGGAGGAAGACGGUACCCAGCUAUAACCAGUCCAGUAGUGGGGCUAUGGACUUCAGGACUUGGAACACCUUACCACACGACGAGAGCCAGGAGCCCCUGCCCAAGACCUGGGAGAUGGCCUACACAGAGACGGGCAUGGUCUACUUCAUAGAUCACAACACCAAGACCACUACCUGGCUGGACCCCAGGCUGGCCAAGAAGGCCAAGCCCCCGGAGAAGUGUGAGGAUGGAGAGCUUCCGUAUGGCUGGGAGAAGAUUGAAGAUCCACAGUAUGGAACCUACUAUGUUGACCAUAUCAACCAGAAGACCCAGUUUGAGAACCCCGUCCUGGAAGCCAAGAGGAAACUGAGCCUGGACACCCCCUCCUCUGGCCAGCAGGGGGCCACCACACCCUCAGAUGAGCCUGUUGUGGGUGUGAGGGGUUUUGUGCGGGACCCAGCCCACCUCCAGGGCUCCGUCCUGAGGACAGCUCUAAGGAAGAGCCCCCAGGGGUUUGGCUUCACCAUCAUCGGUGGCGACCGCCAUGACGAGUUCCUCCAGGUGAAGAACGUGCUCCGAGACGGCCCUGCCGCGUACGACAACAAGAUGGCCUCCGGUGAUGUGAUCGUGGACAUCAAUGGCUUGUGUGUCCUGGGGAAGACCCAUGCCGAUGUGGUUCAGUUGUUUCAGUCUGUCCCAGUCAACCAGUACGUGGACAUGGUGCUGUGUCGGGGCUACCCCCUGCCUGAGGACACCGGUGGGAGUGACGAUGCCGCAGGGGAUGUAGCCACCGCCCUGCCCCUGGCCCCCGAGGCCAGCCCGUCACCUUCCACUUCCAACACCAAGGACAUCCACUACGUCACCAGCCCAGACGGCACCCUUCCUAGACAGAACACCGCCACUGCAGUACCAACCAUGACCAACGGGGGGCGCCACUAUCCUGAGGGUCCAGACCCCACACUGCUGCAGCCGGAGCUGGUGGGCGUGCCCCUGGUGAAGGGGCCGGGAGGGUUCGGCUUUGCCAUCGCAGACUGCCCCCUGGGCCAGAAGGUGAAGAUGAUCCUGGAUGCCCAGUGGUGCCGUGGCCUGCUGAAGGGGGAUGUUAUCAAGGAGAUCAACCGUCAGAACGUCCAGACACUGAGCCACGCCCAGGUGGUGGACAUCCUCAAAGACCUGCCGGUGGGCAGCGAGGUCCACGUCCUGGUACUCAGGGGAGGUCAGACAUCUCCUGUGAAGUCUCUAAAACCUUGCACUGCUCCCAUGUCGCAGCAGAGGCAGGAGAGGCAGGAGAGGCAGGAGAGGCAGGAGAGGCAGGAGAGGCAGGAGAAGGAGAUGUCCACCAGCACCGAGACCCUCAGCCCCGCAGACCCAGCCCUGACCCCGGCCCCCCAGCCCCUUCCCUUCCCCCCCAACACCAUGCGCUCAGCCUCCCCCAAACCCGACCCCUCACAACUCUACCUCAAGUCCAAGGCCCUGCUGGACAGCAAGCCCCCCAACACCAAGGACCUAGAUGUGUUCAUCAAGAGGAACCAGGAGUCGGGCUUUGGUUUCCGCGUUUUAGGAGGAGAGGGGCCAGAUCAGCCCGUGUACAUUGGUGCCAUCGUACCCCUGGGAGCGGCAGAGAAGGACGGGCGUCUGCGGGCAGGUGAUGAGCUCAUGUGUAUCGACGGGGUCCCAGUAAAGGGCAGAUCUCACAAGCAGGUGCUGGAGCUGAUGACCAACGCUGCCCGCAACGGACAAGUCCUGCUGACAGUCCGCAGGAAACUCGCUCACACAGAGGAGGACGUUGGUGGUGGUCAGCAGAAGGUGGGUCCAGCCCUGGUUAACGGCUCUCCCAAGCUCCUCCGCAUCGAGGUCCCUACGGCCAGCUCCCCCCAACACCCAGAGUGCUACAACGUCACCCUGCAACGCAAAGACAACGAAGGCUUCGGCUUCGUAAUCCUGACCUCCAAGAACAAGCCGCCUCCCGGAGUUAUCCCUCACAAGAUCGGCCGCAUCAUCGAGGGCAGCCCCACGGACCGCAACGGUCAGCUGAAGGUGGGCGACCGUAUCUCAGCUGUCAACUCCCAGUCCAUCGUGGAACUGUCCCACAACGACAUCGUCCAGCUCAUCAAGGAGGCCGGCAACACUGUCACCCUCACUGUGGUGCCGGAGGAUGAGAAUAGUGGUCCUGCAUCUGAAACCAGUUCAGCCAAGCAGAGCCCUGCAACACAGCACAGAGCUGUGGGCCAGCAGCCUGCCAGCCACACUGACAGGAAUGAAGACCCUCUGGAGUUGAAGUCCGUCCCACCCGGCGAGCUGGGACAACUCAUCACCUCAGGCCCCAAGCAGGGCUGUUUCCACGUGGAGCUGGAGCGAGGCCAGCGGGGGUUUGGCUUCAGUCUGCGGGGAGGGAAGGAGUACAACAUGGGCCUGUUCAUACUAAGACUGGCGGAGGAGGGCCCUGCGCUGAAAGACGGCAGGAUUCACGUUGGAGAUCAGAUCGUGGAGAUCAAUGGCGAGCCCACCCAAGGCAUCACACACACCCGGGCCAUCGAGCUGAUCCAGGCUGGGGGCACUAAGGUCCUGCUGCUCCUCAGACCUGGCCUGGGCCGGGUCCCCGACCCCAGUAUGAAGGAGAAAGUGAACAUUUCACCCUCAAGCUUUCCAAGACUCUCUGCAUCCGGCCAGCAGUCAUCCCCCGCUUCUCCAUCCUCCAUCUCCCUGUCCACCUCCGAGCUGUCCCCGCCCUCGUCCGCCAACACCACUGCCCCCGAAGAGCCCUCUGACUGGGACAUGUCCGCUGCUGCUGCCCCCUCCCCCUCCAGGCUGCUGGAGCCCAACAAGGCCAGAGGGCAGCAGCCUCGCCACCACAGGGGACACACCAGUCCCAACACCCUCCCCAAGAAGAGUGACUCCAUGUCUCACAGCAACAAGCAUGCUAGCCCCAAGAGAGCCACGGAAGCCCGGGCUGAUACCAAAGAGCGCUCCCAGAGCCCCAGAAAGACAGACAGAGGUGACCGAAGCCAGGCAGGGACUGUUGAAAACAAGAACGAGUCUUUAGAGGGAGACGUAAGAAGGGAGAGGAAGGCCCACAGCCAUGGCCAGAGAGAGCGCCGGGAGGGCAGAGAGGAACGCUCUUCCAGCCCCAGGAAGACCACCCCUAGGAGGGAUCCAGAGGCAGGAGUCUCCAGGCAGCCCUCAAGGGGCCAGGAUGAGGGUCAGAGGCGUUCUGGAGGGCAGCAGCAUCCCAGCUCCAACCCGGCCUCUGGAGAGGGCACGCAGGGGGGAGAGAGGAGGAGGGGUAAUCAGGAGGAGGACCCCACUCGCAGACAGGAGAGGGAGAGCGAAGGUUGGGGAACCAGCGAGAGCCGUAGGAAGGACAGGGGGGCGGCGCCUCAUAGAUCCCACUCCCAGACACAGAGGGAGAAGGCACGGCCAGACUCUGAGGGCGGAACCCUGCAUCGCAGAGAGGGGGGUCAGAGAGAGGGAAGAGAGAGCAAGCACAGAGAGGCGGAUGAGGAGGAGAAUCCGAGUGAUACCAGGGGUAGCACAAGUAGUGCUGCUAUCCAGGAGCACACAUAUAACGGGAACCCUAGCAGUAAGAAACCGGCCACCAUCACCCCGGGGCCGUGGAAGGUCCCCAGCUCAGCCAAGAUCCACCCUCAUGCGGAGGUUAACUGAUGCGUUGUAGACGGACUAACCCGUCCAUAACAGACUACAGUUCUGCUCACCUGCAUUGAUGAUAUUUAGAAUGGACCAAUGAGGAGUGUAGGGGAUCGAGGUUAUUUAGCAUCACUGUGUUACUCCUCAUCAUCAGAUUGCCUCCUAUUGCAUAUCAAUGCUUCUUUUCACAGUUUGCCUCAGCCAACCUUCCAGGCUGUCUUAAUGUUCAAAGUGCAGUCAGUCUGUGGCUCUGCAGUGGUGGUGGGUGCCUGUCUGAUGUGAAGGACAGUGAAAUCCAAUCUGUUUUGUGCCAAUCAGACACUCGGACAUGCUGGGAAGGGAGUUGGUUCAUGUCCUGUAUAAUCCUUUCUGUGAAACUCUUUUUGUCGGUAAUGAAAGGAGGCUUUGAUGAAGGAUGCUGCUUGUCACUCUGUAUGAAGGUUUGAAGGAUGGGCUCGUAUCCAGGCAAAAUCACUCAGCGUUUUGUGUUCCUGGUGGGAUUGAUCCACUGCUGUGUCCCUGAUGGGUGUAUAAAAGAGGUGAUGGUGAUUACUCCUCGAGUCACUGGGAGAUGAAGGGGGUUUGGGUUUUCAAUGAUUGUCUGUCCAUAUCCAGUCCAGUCAUGCUCUCUGUGUAGACUCUGAAUCGCUGUUAUCAGCUUUACAGUAGAUUUUAGAUCACUACGACAACGCUUUAUAUGCAUCUAUCUGAUGACCAUACACUUAUGGUUAGGUAUAUUGUUUACUUACUGCUACACGUGUGUUUAUUAUGAAGCAUAUAGUAAUUUAUUCAGAUGAACUAUGACAAUAGUUCUAUAUAUAUAUAUAUAUAUAUAUAUAUAUAUAUAUAUUACACACACACUAUCUACGUAUUCAUAUGCUACAUUUGGAUGUAGUGAGCUAAGCAUAGAAAUAGAAUGUGUAGAAGAGACAUAACCACUGAAAAUGUAAAUGUGUUUUUUAGCCACAUAGACACCUGUGGGAGUACAUCAAAAAAUUGCUCAUGACUACUGUGUUCUAGUGUACAUUACAUUACUUAUGCAUCACUGUAUCAAUUGAACUGUGCCACCAUGUUGGAUGAGCCACGUAAAUGACAUAUGGACUACUAGAUAAUUGUGUAUGUCAGUCUAUGAUCCCUAUACAUUCUAUUUCUAUCCAUUCACAGCCUGUUCCAUCCUUAAUCCGUGUUGUUGUUUAUUGUCAGCAGCUAUUUAAGGUCUUCUGGCAAAAUGUGUAUACUACAAGCUGACAGGUAUUUAUUUUAGAUAUUGCUGUAGCUUUGACUGUACGUUAUCUCAUGUGUCUUACUUAGCAAGGUGUUUUCUAAUCUAAAUGUGGGGGUAAAUUAGCUGUAUAAACAGAUUGACGUUAAAAGUUGAGACCUUUGCAAUUUUUUUUUGUUGCGACAUAGCAGUUUUUCUUAUUCUAACGUGCACAUCAAAAUGUGCUUUGAAUUGUGCACCAGUCCAAGAUGUUAAUAUUCAAUCAAUCUAAAGACUACAGUAAUACCAAACAAAUCCUGGUUUAUUCUGAUACACUUUAGACUAUAGUGCCCUCUCCUGGAGGAAGUAAAGAAACGGUCAGAAUCCCUGAAACCCGAGUUUCAUGACUACUACAUAAUGUUAAACAAUUGUUAUGGCAUAGCCUACUCUGUUUUAGGGCAUAAAUGAUGUAGCAUGUAUGAAACAUAUCUACUAAGACCUUUACGUUUGUGUGUCCAGCUUAAAGUCUGUUAAACAAAGCAGUCUGUUCUUCCUAGCAACCAUGGAAAACAAGGGAUUUUACGUACGGCAUUGAAUUAUGCACUCACAAUGUAUGGAAUAGCUUUCAAAUGAAAAUCUAUUGAGAAACGGCUUGGUCUGCGAUGCUUGUUCUCUGUGGUGUGGUUCAAUUCACAUUCUGCCAUCUCUUGAUAAAAUCUUAUACAAGUAUACUAAUUUUGAUGAAGUCUUCAGUUAUGUAUAGUUUCCCUUUUACAUCCUUAUUGUUCAUGUCACGUGUGUCUAUAUAAUAAUGUGGCCUUGCAUUGCUUCAACAGAACAGCCUUCUGGUCUCUACAUUAUGUGGUAGUUGUAAAUGUUUAUAAAUUGUACAGCACCUGUAUAAAUACUUACCUUCAUUCCCCCCCAAAAAUGAUGUAAAUCGCUCUAUUAUUUUUUUAAGUCAUUAAGAAGAAAAUAAAAUGGUGAGAGGAAGUAAUCUGGUCAUGGCGUUCUGUUCAUGCACUGAUAAAUAAAGUUUGAAAACAUAAACAUA